AGCAAAUAUCUAAAGGCAAACGUGUUGGUGUUAUUAUUUUUAUACUUAACUUAGAAACAAUUAAUUAUGGCAUUUACAUUAUGGACACUAUUUGAAGCGACACUUUUAUGUUUGAAUGCUGUUUGUGUUCUUCAUGAAGAAAGAUUUUUAAAUAAAAUUGGCUGGGGGGCACAACAAGACAUAAGAGGCUUUGGAGAACCGCCGACAAUUAAAUCUCAAAUGCUCAAUCUUAUAAGAUCUAUCCGAACUGUUGCAAGAAUUCCAUUAAUAUUUCUCAACAUAUUAGUGAUGAUCUUUAAAUUAGUGGCUGGAUAAAUGGCCAUUACUCAAUGCAACAUGUAAAUAAAUCGACAAAAAAAAAAUCACAAAUGAAAAUAAAUUUUUUAUUUAAUUUUAUAUUAAAAUUAAAUUGAAUAAAUAAAAUACUAAGAGAGAGAAAAAAUAAAAACAAUAACGGAAGUUGAAUAAUAUAAAGAGAU